AUGUCCGAGCAUCACUCCCACUCCCAUUCUCACCAUCAUUCACAUGAUCACGACCAUUCUCAUUCUGGACCUGCUCAUCUUUUUCAAGCCACCUCCUCGAGCGAUCAACCACCAGAUGGAUGGAAAGAGAGCGGCGUCCGGGUCAUUCCUGGAGACACUCUUGACACCAACACUGCUCAGACACCAGGGAUGAAUCGCGCUGCUGCUAUAACCACUGCGCGCGUGGGCGCCCAAAAACUGUGGGCAGGAACCGUCAAGAUUCACCCAAAUGCCAAAACUGGUGCCCAUCACCACGGCCAUUUGGAAAGCGUCAUCUACGUCGUGAAAGGCAAGGCACGAAUGCGAUGGGGCGAGAGGUUGGAAUAUACUGCAGAGGCUGGCCCAGGAGAUUUCAUAUACGUGCCUCCUUACGUCCCGCACCAAGAGAUCAAUGCGAAGGAGGACGAAGAGCUGGAGUGCGUGUUGAUGAGAAGCGACGGCGAGGCCAUUGCAGUCAACUUGCCAGAUGUCGAACCGGUGGAAAACCCAGAGGGUGUGAAAUGGAUUGACCCCACACACCCAACUGGGGGAGUGUGA